AUGGGCUCCAUGGGCGCCUUGCCCCCGCUCACAGAAUGGCCGGACUUCUACUACGCCGUGAUUGGGGCCGCAGUCGGCGUCGCAACACUGUUCAACGUGUACAACUAUGUGCUAUACCGCCAAAGAAUGCUCGCAGCAAGAGGGGGAUCGCGGACGCCUGCAAAGCCCAUCUCAUGGUUCGCCCUCGGGAAUGCGACACUCUACGCCCUUACACGCGAAGCGUCCAAUUUCUCAUUACGCAUACCACUGAAAGGUCGCAUACUCAGACUACCAACAGUCGGACGAUCGUCGCUCGUUGUCGGAAACGUAGUUGUGCUGGUCGUUCUAUGCUUGUACGGCUUCGAUGUGACGGAUAUGUUCAGCAUGGAGAACAUUGGCUUUCGGUGCGGUGUGGUCACGAUCGCCCAACUACCGAUUAUCGUCCUGCUAGCGGGCAAGAAUAACAUCAUCGGAUGUCUGAGCGGUGUGAGUUACGAGCGUUUGAAUUGGCUACAUCGAUGGUGCGCUCGAUGCAUGCUGCUUACGGCCACCAUGCACCUGGGGUAUUUCCUCAGUGCGUGGGCUCCAUACGAUUACAUCGGCUACCAAUUCAAGAAUAACGCGAUCGUUUGGAAAGGCCUUGGUGCAUGGUGUACCCUGGCGUGGAUUGUGUUCAGUUCCAUGACACCGAUCCGAGGCUGGAACUACGAGAUCUUCGUCAUUCAACAUAUCGUUUCGUUUGCAGUUUUCCUUGCGUUCGUCUACAUUCAUACCCCUCUCGAGAUGAACGGCUAUGUCUGGGCUCCUGUUGCCAUCUUUCUGUUCGACCGCCUCUUCCGGGCAUUGCGACUGCUAUACAUCAACAGCUCCAUUUUUCAUCCUGCGUUAAAGAAGCGGGGCCAACUGAAUGGCCUCUGGGCGUGCAAAGCCGAAUUCACACCUCUCCCCCACAACACCACCCGAAUCACUAUACCUAACCCACCCAUCAGCUGGACUCCUGGUCAACAUGUAUAUCUAUCAUGUCACUCUGUUGUGCCGUUACAAAGCCAUCCAUUCACCGUGGCCUCGAUACCAGCAGAUGGGAAGAUGGAGUUUUACAUCAAGGCCGAGAAGGGAGGUACUAAGCGUCUCUUCAGACACGCGGAGAAAUCCGGUAGUCUAUCUGGAGUGCCCGUCAAAGCCAGGACUGUGGCCAUAGAAGGCCCAUACGGCACUCUGAGACCACUGCGCCAAUUCGACAGUGUCGUUCUCCUCGCAGGAAGUACCGGCGGUACUUUCACUCUCCCACUCCUCCGCGACCUCCUCCAGGGUUGGAAGGAGAAUGCUUGUGGCAACACAGGCAGCAGUUCGAUCUUCAAAACACCAACAGGUGCAGUCACACGACACAUCCGCUUCGUAUGGGUCGUCAAGAGCAGAGGACAGCUAAGUUGGUUCUCCGAGCAACUUUCCUCCGUGUACACCGAGUUCCGAACGCUACAGGAAACACUCCGCGACAUCAAACUCGAGAUGAGCGUCUACAUCACCUGCGACGAGUCCUUCACAGAAGAGCACAACUCCGUGCUUUCAGGCGUGACUGCACCCAAUAUCGCCCUCACAGACAUCAGAAAAGAAGAGCGAGAAGAAAGCGCAUAG